UUACAGUGACAACGUGUGUAGCCUAAGAGUGAGAUAUGUUCAAGUUACUAGUUCAGAGCAUCUUUCUUCUUCUGCUCCUUGGAAGCCAACGAUCUUCAGGCAUUCCUGCAGCGAACUCAGUGAAAACAUUACCAGAAGGAUUGGAUGAGCAUGAAAUGAAAAAUGGCAUUGGAGUUAAAGGCUCUAGACAACACUUGGACUGCCAGGCUGAAUCAGUCUUCAUUCAAGAACAAAUUCCACUGAUCACGAAAACGCUGGCUGAUGGCAAACUCGUUGCACUGAAGCAGAACGACCUGUCAGCAGCUGAUGAAACCAUACUGGUGCUGGGUAAGGCUGGCGCUGGCAAAACCAGUUUGAUCCAGUUUCUGUCCGAAAAUCCCAAACUGCAGUCGAAAAAGAUGAUAUGGAAAACAUCCGAGUACAUAAUUGAAGAUGGAGAGAAAAUUGGAACAUCUGAGACUGAGUCUUUCACUCUCUAUCCUGAACUUGUCAGCUAUAAUGCAACCAUCAACUUCUGUGACUCACCGGGAUUCCACGACUCUCGCAGCUCUGUACAUGAGAUUGUCUCCAUGGAUGUCAUGAGGUCUGUAACCAGCAAGUUCAAAAAUGUGAAGAUUCUACUAAUUGAGGAAUAUGGAUCUCUACAGUAUAGCAAAUCCAAAGUAAAUUUCAUGGACACUCUUAGACACCUUACUGAUUUCUUAGUCGAUAUUGAUAGGUAUAAAGAUCACAUUGUGCUUAUUGCAUCUAAAUUACCUUUUAGAUUUAGAAUGCCAGAUGAAGGAGAUGAUGGUUCAGUACCUGAAUUGAUAACAGAGGAAAUGCAUAUUGAAAGAAUCAUGGAUUACUUGAAUCAUACAGAGAUAUCUAUAGUAAGAAAGCUUAAUCAGAAAAUUGGAAAAAGUGAGCGAGAUUUCUAUCAGAAAGUGAUAAAGCUACUACAAAGUCUUCAAACCAGAGACAAAAAUGGCAAAGCAGCUAGAAUAAGUGUCUUCCGUCGCCCACACAAGUCAGGGUCACUCAUGAGUAUGCCAUUGCUCAAUCAGAACAAGGAAUCACUCACAAAAACCAUCAUCAACUUGAAUGCUGUUCAGGUGCAGAAGAAUGACUUCCACUUCACUAUGUCCAAUGAAGCAAAAGUGUAUCUAGAAUGCCUCUUGAAACUCACAAUUGACGACAUCAUACAUGAAAUCAUAAGGCUGUUUCUUGAACUGAAUGAAUUUGUGGUUCAAAAAAUUCAGAACUACACAAGUUUUCAUCAAGUGUUGACAGAUUUUGAAUCAUUUAAUAAUGCUUUGAAGCAGUUAUCAGAUAACCUUGAUGAGGCAAGAAACUAUGAUGUGUUUUUGGAGAAGGUUAAUAAUUUCAUUUCUGAACAGAGAAUAACAGCACAUAUGAACUCUAAUGAACUAGUGAAUGUGCUUGCGAAAUAUGAGGAAUUAAUUCUGAAUUUCGUUGACGAAAUGCCAAUGUCGAUUUCACCAUCAAGAGCAUGGUCAAUUGCCAUGAGACAAUUGAAGGAAUCUGUGCAAGAUGAGCUGCAAUGGUACAGGACUCUUAAUAACUUCAUCAGUGGACUAUCAAGCUAUAAGAUACAAAGGAACAAGACAGAGAUUCACUCGAGACUUUUCCACGAAGGUUCUAUAUUGACAGAUGAGUUGAUGGAUCUAUUUGUGGACGUCACUGGAGCAACAAAUUUGAACCAAUUUCAUUGACGCACGAGGAAACAUCAGAAAAACGCUGGAGCUUGAAAGUGUGACGAAUACAUUACUAAAACCAAGUAAUAUUACUUGUGAUGAAGAUGGGAGACUCAUAGUUGAAGGAUUUCAAAUUUGUCUUACAGAAAUAAAUUCAAAACAUUUGAUUGAAUCCCACUGUAACAACAUCACUGUGAAAGAAGUUGCUCUCCCUAGCUGUUGAUGCAGUUUACAUGGAUGAGGACACCGUGGAUAUCUUCAGAGGAGUGGAUAUGUUUGUGGUGUCACCUAAAUGGGAAGUUAUUGGACAAAGGAGGAUAGUGCUGAGUGGUCAGAACGGAGGAGCUCACCAUUAUGGUGACGUCGAUAAUGGCACAGAUGGGAGACCAGGUCUGCCAGGGUGUAAUUGCACAGAUGGGAGACCAGGUCUGCCAGGGGGUAAUGGGACAGAUGGGAGACCAGGUCUGCCAGGGGGUAAUGGCACAGAUGGGAGACCAGGUCUGCCAGGGGGUAAUGGAGGCAACUUUUUUGGAAUUGGUUUGCAGUUUGUGAAUGGCAAAAAUCUGCUGAUUGAGUCGAAUGGUGGGAGAGGGGGGCAGGGAACAGAUGGAGCAAGAGGAAUGAGAGGUCCGGCCGGAAGAGAUGCAGCUGAAAAAUUGAAAUCGGGACUCUACAGUCAAAGUUAUAAGUUUGAUAGAGGAGUAGAAACAUCAAAUAUGAAUAAAUGCCUGGCUCCAAAUGCUGUUGAAAGGGUUUUCAGAUUAUAUCCUCAAUCUAAAAAGCAACCCAAUAAGUGUGAGAAUGUUGAUGCAGGAGUCAGAGUGAUCAUAGAAGAAGGUGACUGUGGUGGUGAAGGAGGAGCUGGAGGUUUUGGCGGAGAAGCAGGAAUCGGAGGCUACCCGGGAGACCAAAAGUUGAUUCAGUUGGGAGACUCAUCUGAAAUUCAAAUGCAAAAUCAAAAUGGAAGGUCUGGUACUCGCGGCAAGAAGGGAAAAACUGGAGAGCGUGGGAUGGAUGGCAUUGGGAUGAUUUGUGUUCAAGUAACAUGGGUCGGUCAUAGUAGAUCGUACAUGAAGUGUGAAUCAACAAACACCACAUCACCAGCAUGCAACUCUUGUGAUAAUCCGGUUGAGUCCCAGUACACAACAACAGGUAUGGAGAAACCAGCGCCCAAGAGAUCUCCUGAUUUCUCCAACUAUUUACUCCACUACAUAGUUCUGUUAGAAUCGCAUUCAAAUCACACAAUUUUCAACCAAAUUAUAACGAGUUUUAGAGAAGCCAUUCAAAGGAAAUACUCGUAUCCUUUGAACCACUUAGGAUUAUUGUUUUUUGAGGAGACAACACAGCAGGAAACCUUUGAACAAUCCGAUCGUUUUGAUUGAGUUGAAUACAUCGAUAAUUUCAAUGUGAUAAGUCGCUACAUAACUCAUUAAGAAAUUAUUCUACAUAUUAAACAGUGGGAGGCAUACAGAAGAGUACAGAAGGUGAGGUAUCUAGGGAUAACAUUGGAUUCUCAUUUACGGUGGAAACACCGUAACAAUGAUAAAUGCCAGAAGCUGAAACAUAUAAUACAUAAAUUUUAUAACAAAAAUAUAAUAAGAUUGAUAUAUUUUGCUUAUGCAUAGUCUGUACUCCAAUAUGGAAUCUUGAUUCGGGGUGGGGCUCUCAACUGCCAUUCCAAUAAAAUGUUUGUUGUCCAAAAACAUAUUCCUAGAGCUGCCUUGGGUAAGCCUUGGCUGCAUCCCAGUGCCGAGCUUUUCCAAGAAAUGUGCGUUCUCACUCUAAAACAGCUUUAUGUUGAGAGCUUAAUUCUAUUUAUAAAUAGGAAUUCAGAAUCAUUUAUCACCCACCCAAACCCAUUCGAAGCGCAAGAGUAGAAUGUCCCCGAACUGACCUAUCCAUUUGCAGAAAGCAAUAUGUGUAUAAUUGUGAAAGAAUUUUCAACAGUAUUCUACAAAAUUUCAUCACAUCCAAUUCGGUUGGGAAUGUUAAAAAACGCAUAGAAAAUUGGAUUCCUAACGUUUCAAAUUCUGCAUGUCUCUUAUCAACUGAACUCUACACCUUGGCUUUUCCUAUUUCCAUUAGCUACAUUUUCAUGUUUUAUAGAUUAAGUCUUCUUCCUCAGCUUAUCUCCAUAAUUGUCUCCAUUCUUACUACAGCAUUAUUAUAAUGGAUAUUCAAGUUUUUACAUUGUUAUACUGUGAAAACUUUUGAUUAUCUUUGAUCAAAGAAUCUUUGAUAUUUCAUAUCAAUUUAUAAAAAAAAUCAGCACUCGGCCUCUGCGCUCAGGUUUUCUUAAUCUUGCAGGGAUCCUCUUAUUUAUUAUAUAUCUUACUUAUACUACCUACUGUAUAUAUAACUAUUAUGUGAUGUACUUCAUACUUUAAGUUCCUAACUUUGUAACCAUCAUUAAGGAUAAAUAAAUUGUAUGACUGUAAAGUAAAUAAGUAAAUUGUAAAUAAUGUAUGUCUAACUAUUAUGUUAUGUACUUUAUACUUUAAGUUUCUAACUUUGUAACCAUCAUUAAAUAAAUAAAUAAAUUUGAUUUGAUUUGA